CCCUUCCCCUCUUUUUUUCUUUUUUUUUUUUUUUCUUUUUCUUUUCUUUGUUCUUCAAUGAAUAAUAAUACCAUCAACAACAUCUCACCUUGCCAUUUCCAUGGGCAGGAGGCCCAGGACAUCAAUAAUCCACACUCAUACUCCAGGCCAUCCAUAGCAUUUCUCAACAAUGCCUCGCCCUUCUCGCAAACACCCUCUUCGUCGCUUCACCCUUACACGCCGCAACGCUCUUAAGCGUCACGCUUGUCACUUUUUCGACUCCAUUUUAACGUGUUAUAGCUCCAAGAAGCCUGAGACGUAUGAUGAUGCCGCUUUGGCUUCUUCUGCGUCUGUCGUCGAUCAAGAGUUUAUGCCUGAGACUCUAACACCAUCCUUGUGCCAUAACCCAGAUUUGGUGUCUUUGAAGAUCAGCCUGUUGGGUGAUAGCCAGAUUGGGAAGACAACUUUUUUGGUCAAAUAUGUUGGGAAUGAAAUGGAUGAGGAGAAGAGUGAGCAGACAGGAUUGAAGUUGAUGGACAAAACAUUAAUGGUUAGAGGGGCAAGAAUUUAUUAUAGCAUUUGGGAAGUGGAAGGUGAUACCAAAUCUCAAGAUUAUAUUUCAACAGCUUGCAAGGGCUCUGUAGCUAUUCUUUAUAUGUUUGAUCUAACAAGUAGGCGUACUUUAAACAACACUUUAAGAUGGUAUAGACAAGCACGUAGGUGGAAUCAGACAGCAAUUCCAGUUUUGAUAGGAACAAAGUUUGAUGAUUUCAUCCAACUCCCCAUUGAUUUGCAAUGGGCAAUUGCAAGUGAGGCAAGAGCUUACGCCAAGGCACUGAAUGCUACAUUAUUCUUCUCAAGUGCAACUUACAAUAUCAAUGUCAAUAAAAUCUUCAAAUUCAUCACAGCAAAGCUCUUUGACCUGCCAUGGACUAUCGAGCGCAACUUGACGAUUGGAGAGCCCAUAAUCGAUUUCUAGGGUCGAUUCUUCCACCCUACGUACCAAAUCUGGUUCUCUAAAAACUCAUAAAACUAUCAUGUACAAGUAUAAACUGACAUUUUACAUUGUUCAACAACUACAUCCAAUGUAUUGGAGAAAGGCAGAGGGUGUGUCGAACCCCGUCUCCCAUAAUCAAAAUGCACAACAACGGUAGAAAAGCAAUUAGACAGUGUGUAAAUGACAAAAAUACUUAGGUUUGUAGUGUCAUGCGAACUAGAUUAGGCUUGUCAUUGCAAAUGCAGCUUUGAAUCCCUUGAGAAAGAUUAGUUUCUAAUUUCAUGUAUAAUCUUGUGAUCAACCCUCAACAUCUUUCUAUUAGAGAUGAGAAAAUUUUAAGUGUCUCUCAAACCAAACAGCAACAGUUAAAUGUC